GAGCGAGGGACUCCCGGUCCCGGCGCGCGGUCUGAGCGCGCCCGGCGGUCAGGAGCGUGUGUGCGCGCGGAGCGGGAGAGUCGGCCACCGCCCGCGAUUGAAUUGGGUGCGCGCACCUUGCCUAAGAAGUACAAGAUUUGAGUGUGCAGUUCUCAGCCAGAAACGACUUUGUGCUAUAUAGCCUUCCCCAGGCGGCUUAGGCAGAGUCCUCAGCAAAUCUUUUUUAAUUAAAGCAUGGGAUACAGAAAAGAACAAAGAACUUCAGCUAGUGCUUUGGUCUCAUCUGAAAUGUUACAGUUUUCCUAGCGUCUUCGGAUCCAGCUGUCCUGUUGCCUCGUCCCACAGGCUGCUGUGUCAUGGCAUUCUCUCAGAGAGCCCGCCGCUGAGUGCAAAGAGCCCUUCUGAUGCUAAAACCCCAGGAGACACAGCCUGUGAUUGGUCCAGGCAGUGAGCAGCUAUAAAGUUGUGGUGCCUGGUAACUGAGGUGCAGUUACUCAUCUGAGGAUGGUGAUUUCACUUGAUGGUGAAAGCCUGGGUAUACUUCAUAUCCUGGAUGCAGACAACGUGUUCUGUCUCUGGGGCUUUUCUGGGCUUUUCUAAAUUUCAAGCAUUAUUUUUGACUACUACUUACUACUGAAUGUUCAGUUGACGAAAUUGAAGGUCUUUCACUCAGAAAAAAAAUAAAUCAAGAAGAAGAACCUGAGCCACGCACGUGUUUCUGAGCUGCUGGAUGGCCCUGGCCCUCUUGACCACCCUUCCCAGUAGGAUGUCACUGAGAUCCCUCAAAUGGAGCCUCCUUCUGCUGUCACUCCUGAGCUUCCUCGUGAUGUGGUACCUCAGCCUGCCACACUACAAUGUGAUAGAACGUGUAAACUGGAUGUACUUCUAUGAGUAUGAGCCAAUUUACAGGCAAAACUUCCACUUUACCCUUCAAGAGCGUUCAAACUGCUCUCAUCAAAACCCAUUUCUUGUCAUCCUGGUGACCUCACACCCCUCAGAUGUGAAAGCGAGGCAGGCAGUUAGAGUUACUUGGGGUGAAAAAAAGUCUUGGUGGGGCUAUGAGGUUCUUACAUUUUUCUUAUUAGGCCAACAGGCUGAAAAGGAAGAUAAAGUGUUGGCAUUGUCUCUGGAGGAUGAACACCUUCUUUAUGGUGACAUAAUACGACAAGAUUUUUUAGACACAUAUAAUAACCUGACCUUGAAAACAAUUAUGGCAUUCAGGUGGGUAACUGAGUUUUGCCCCAAUGCCAAGUACAUCAUGAAGACAGACACUGAUGUUUUCAUCAAUACUGGCAAUUUAGUAAAGUACCUUUUAAAUUUAAACCAGUCAGAGAAGUUUUUCACAGGUUAUCCUCUAAUUGAUAAUUAUUCCUAUAGAGGAAUACUUUACCAAAAACACCGUAUUUCAUACCAGGAGUAUCCUUUCAAGGUGUAUCCUCCCUACUGCAGUGGGUUUGGUUAUAUAAUGUCCAGAGAUUUGGUGCCAAAAAUCUAUGAAAUGAUGAGUCACGUAAAACCCAUCAAGAUUGAAGAUGUUUAUGUUGGGAUCUGUUUGAAUUUGUUAAAAGUGGACAUUCAUAUUCCAGAAGACACAAACCUCUUCUUUAUAUAUAGGAUUCAUUUGGAUGUCUGUCAGCUCAGACGUCUGAUUGCAGCCCAUGGCUUUUCUUCCAAGGAAAUUAUCACAUUUUGGCAAGUUAUGCUAAGGAACACCACGUGCCAUUAUUAAUUUGAUAUUCCACUAAAAACUGAGAGAAGGACAGGAUACUUUGUGGAGAGUGUCAGAGUUGGUACUGUAAAAUCUCCAAUGGAAAACUCAUGGGAAGGUUACUCGCUCACUCUCUGGCUUACACUGAACUGAAACUCAUGGAGAACCUAUAGACUAGAUACUACAGGGUUACACUUCACUUGUGCUGUAUUUGGACACUAACCAAAUCAGGCCCUUUAAAGAUGAUGUUGAGAGGAAUUAAACAAAGUGUCUUGUUAAUAAUAGGACCAAACAAUUUGAACAUGUCAUUCUAUAGACUAGAACUUCUUAAAAGGGUUUCAUUGAAUUACAAGCUCAUUAGUUCAUAACAACAAAGCAAUGUGGAGCUUUAUUUAUUGAAUAGUCUCAUCAUUAAGGGUUUUGUGUAUCUCUUAUGUGGAUUACCAAGUUUUAAAAAUAUAUAGUUCUGUGUAAAAAACUUAGAGUUGUACCAAACAAAAUUUCAUCUGUUUUUGGUCAUUCAGAAGGUAUUCAAGAUGUUGCAGUAUUUCAGAGUUAUCAGUUAUUAUUAUAUAUUGGUUAGCAUUUUCUUGCUAUUUAAGUGUUAUGGUUGUUUCAAUACUGUAUAAACACAAUAGUGAAUCACCCUUUAUAUUUGCACUCUUUUCCAUUACUUCAUUAAUGAGUUACUCCAUUAAUGUAAGGUUAUUACUGUGUAUCAGUAAGCUCUUUGACUUUGAUAAAUAUUUUACCGUGGUAAUAUAGAGAAGAAUUAAAGGAUGAAGAUCUGAAUUAUUGUCUUGUUUUUAAAAAUAUAAUCCCCAGUGUUUUUAGAUGUCACUUCAUCUGCCUCAUUUUCCACCUGGGAAUUAGGAAUAAUACAGAAUGCCAGGCAGUAUGUUUCCUUUUGGAAAGGACUCCAGGCAAAAAAGAAAUGAGAACCUGAUGGUCAGAAUAUAAUGAAAAGUGUUGAAUUCCAGUACUUGAAUUGGAAAGAGUAAAGAUUUGAGUUAUGUCACUAAUCUGCUUCAUCUGAUUUCCUCAUUCUCUAACAAUCGGUUUGAGAAUAAAGAGAGAAAAAAAAAAACAAUGCUGUUCUAUCAUCAUUAGUUUCACAUCAUGAGAAAAGCCCUAAUGUGUGGUCUAAAAUCAGAUCUGAUUUUCAUGUUGUGUAAGAGCACAUUUAUUUUUUCGUGGGAUGCAUCUUUUGUUGGGUCUGCUACUCAUAGGUCAAAGAGGAACAAUCUUUGCCCUGCAUUUUUGGAUUGUGCAAUUUCCUAUUAUGACUGAUGUGGGACAACUGAUUCCUUUUUUCUGGAUUACAUGAAGGCAAAUGAGCAAAUCCUUUGGCAUAAAAUAUAAACUUGAAACUUAGAUUGUCAGUUCUUAUAAUACACAGUUAUUUGUAAUUCUUCCAUAAGAGAAACUUGCCAUUAGAACUAUUAUAAUGUGUGAUUCACUAUAACAAGGCUAUUUCCAUUUUCCCAGUCUCAGGCC